UAGUCCCGCCCUUCUCCCCAAAUCCAAUCACGUUGCAUUAUGUGUGUGUGGGAAAAGUAAAGAUAGCUGAGUUGACUUGUACACCAGCCGCUAGACUAGUUAAACCUUAAGUGUGACAGGCGAUAGAACAUGUGUGUUCGCCGAUUCUACGGCAAAAAUGCCUAAACAAAAGUGUUUACGGAGGAAUUAAAGAAAAGAUUCCCGUGCUUUCGUCAAGGUCGUGAUCCCUAUGAGGCGGAGUGUUUGAUGUGUAAGUCAGGCACUAAUGUGUCUGUGGCAAAUAAAGGUGCCAACGACCUGCAAGUGCAGUGAAUUCAGCAAAACACGUGAAAGCAGCCAGAGGCGAAAGCUCUUCGGCUAAAGUCACAGAUUUCUUUGUGACAAAGUCAGACAGUGCAGCCGUCACUGCAGCAGAAGGAAGCUUUGCUUUCCAUACUGUUGAGCAGUAUACAGUUAAAGUUAGUAACGAGACACAAUUUUUUUUUUCUUUUGUUUUGGGGGGGUUAUAAAAUAACCUUUUCAGAAACCCAAAUCUGAUCACCCUACAUAACGCCAUGUUGGGUGUUUGGGGUUAGCCCCUCCUUCCCAGUGAUCCCAGUCAGGAUAACUGGUUAUGGAAACAGUCUCCCGAAGUGGGCAGCCAUGUUGGGUUCUGGAGGAAUCUGGACCGGCUCACCAUUUAAUUCACCUUGGAGGUUCUGAUCUGUUCAGUCCAUCUCUAGAUCUUCAUCUUUAUGUAUCUGUACCGGUUUCAGGUCAGCCUGUCUGGUUCUGCAGCCUGUGGCCGGAACAGUGCUGCCCCCUGCAGGCCGGUGGUGGAACUGCAGCUCAGUUAGCCUUACGUCACUCCGCACCUUUCAGGAACAAAACCUUCAGAUCAGUUAGCAACAGAAAUGAUCCUUGAAGGUUUUCUGUUCAUCACGUGCUAAAUAAUGAAGGGAACUUGUCAUUGAUGCCCCGCCCCCCACCUUAUUUGGGCUGUGACGUCACGGGACGAAGCCACUAGUUGUGGAGGAUUACUUGUUCUUUCAGCCACGAGCUGCAGAACAAGUGAAGCGGGUCUGAUCUGGUCUUGCUGAGGUUCUGCAGAAGAGCCGCUGGUUCUUAUCAGGCCGCCAGCCGCCGCCUCCAGGCCGCUUAUCGCGCCGCUCCCCGGGCCGCAGGGCGGACGGAGGGGCGGGGGCUCCGGCUGGAGCCGGCGGAUGACGCGGGGUCAGGUGGCGGCAAAGCUCCUCAGCGCGGGGGGGGGCUCGGCUCAGAAAGCUCGUCUCUGUCCGCUGGCAGCAGCAGCAGCAGCAGCUGCAGCAGCACCGACCUCUCCGGACCGACCGGGACUAAGCAGCGGGCAGCGGCAGCCCGGCCAGCAGCCUCCCAACGCGGCUUCAGCAGCUCCAGAACCAGAACUUGUUCAUCAGUUUGGACCCUCAGCUGGUCUCCACCAUGAAUCCAUCUGUGGGCCGCUGCUGGCCCGGUUCUGGUUCCUGAUGAAGUAAUCCCAACAGAACCGCAUCAUGGUUCAGGUCCGGAGGCCGAACCCGAUUUGGUUGCCAUGGAGACGUAUCCAUAAAUGUGAGAAAAUGAGUUAUUUUAACAGCGCAGUGGGAAAAGGUCAAAUGUGAAUCAAUAUUAAUAAACAUUAAUAAACAUGAAUAAAUAUUCAGAGCAUUAAAGAGUAACUUUAUUAAACUUUAUUAACAUGAAGAAACAUUAUUUUCCAGCGGGCUGUUUGAGGAAAAGCACCUAAAGUCGAAUUUAUUCUGAAGUGGUGUUUUGCAGUGGACUGCAGCACCAAGAUGCUGCAGCACAUUCUGAAUCGAUGAACUGAUGGCAGAGCGCAGCAGCCAGGACCAGACGGUCUAAUCAAAACCUGAGCAUUUCAGCAGGUUCUGUCCAGUUUCUAAACAGAACCUCCAGCCGGAUCCAGGAUUCAACUGUCUGUUGGAAAUCUCCCUCAGCAUGACGCUGCCACCACCGUGCUGUGCUGCUGGGUUGGUGGUUUGCCCCCUGGUGGCCCGUCAGGCCUUUGGGGUCAGAGGUCAGACCGGUUCUGGUUCUGUUGGGAAGUAGCAGAUGAGGGUGGGACUAAGCGAGAUGUGAUGGGGAAAUGCCGCUGAGCCGACCUUUGACCUUUAAGGGAGAGUUUCAGGAAGUAGUCUGAUCCACCUUGCCUUUUGAACCUUCCUCCUGUGUGAUGAGGAGGCGGUAACCACGGCAACAGUUGGAGGAAGAAAUGAAAAUGUUCCAGUUUUGUUGCGCUGCAGCGGUCCAGUCAAAGUCCAGCCUGGGCUGAUUUCAUUUGGCUCGUUUUUCCUGGUCAGCUGGUCGGUCAGGCGGAACAGAUGAACGGCACUCAUAGCAGAGCUAAUUAAAUCAGCAGCAGGAUUUCAAUCCAUAUCUGGGAUCUGAUGAGACACACGGAGGGAAAUUCCUCUGAAUUCCCGACCCUGGAGGUUUGGAUCGCUGCGGCCUUUAAUUAGGCCCAUGCAGAGUCCUUCAGCCAGAUGAUUAGAUGAUUAGAUGAUUAGAUUAGCGUCUGCCAGGCCGGCGGCGCGCUCAGGCUAACGUCAGAACCCUGUGGACUCGGGACGGCGUCCAUCACGUUGGCCUCAGUCGCUCCCCGACUUGAUCUGAUCUGCUUUUAUUUAUUCUGGAGAAGCGUCGCCUCGGGAUCGGAAAGACCAGGAAGAUUAUGGGAAUAAACAGCACAACGCCGUCAAGUCAGAGGCUCUAAGAAGCACAGACCCGUCUGACACCGAGACAGGAAGUGAGACUAUCACAAAGCAGCAGUAUUCAGUCAGAGGGCUCCUCAGAUUUACUGCAAGACAGACUGCUACUGGAGACGCUUCGUAGCCACAGCAUCAUCAAAAACCACAACGAUCUGAGUUCCAGCGUUUAAAGUCAGCUGAUUUCAGGGAACUAGAUGGUUGAUCUAAAUGUGAGCUAAAGACUAGCUGAACGUUUGUGCACUGUUGUUAGCAGUGAAGCUAACUGUUUCCCUGCUGCUGCAGCCUCACGUUGCUGCUGAAGGAAACGCAGCAUCAAACAGCCGGCCGCCUUCUCUUCCUGGUCCGGACCGUUUUCUGCUUGCGCUCCUCCAGUUUCCUACCAGGAAGCAGCAGAUAUCCAGGAGCGGCGGCUAACACUGUUAGCUGUGACUGGGGCUGAUGGGAGUUUUUCAGCUUGAAGCAGCUUUUGUUUCCUGAUCAGCCGACAUUCCUGACGUUUCCCUGAAGGUUCGGAUCAGGCUUCCUGACAGAAAUAGACCUGCUGCGUGUUCACAGUCACAUGGAGCUUUAAGGCGCCGUUUGCCCCCAGGGCAGUUCUUUCUGCUCCAUGUGAGAAGAUCCCUGGAGGCAGGGCAGAAUGAAUGUUUCAUAAAGCAGACAUGUGACAACGCUGCGCAUGUUCCCCCUCCUGACGAUGAUGCUAAUGCUAAUGCUAACGCUGAAACACCACAGAGACUCACAUUUAACACGGCUUCACAUUGAAUUCAGCUUCACAUUGAAUUCAGCUUCACAUUGAAUUCAGCUUCACAUUGAAUUCAGCUUCACAUUGAAUUCAGCUUCACAUUGAAUUCAGCUUCACAUGACCCAAACGGAGCGGACUGAAUCUGGGAGAACCAGUGGAGAAAAAAAUAAAAUUUGACCAAAGGUGUCUGUUUCCAUGGAAACCAGCGCCUGCCUGGGCCUCUGGGCAAGGCACUGCGGCCUUCAGGCCUGAGCUGGACUCUACCAGGAGAAAGAUCCAGAACAUGAUGGAAAAACAAUCAAAACCUGGAGGGUCAAAGGUCAGCGGAGGAAUCCUGGAGCGCCGUGCCAAACGCUCCAAAUUCAUCCUGGAGACCCAAACCGGCAGCUGGGAUCAGAACCAGAACAUCCACAACCUAAAACAAGCUGAAACCAGCCCACAUCACCAGACCUCCACCACCGUGCUGCAGGAGAUGACCUUUGACCCUUCCCAGAUUGGUGAGCAGCAGCAGUCACACUGAGGUCAUCGCUGAUUUCUGUCCUGAUGCCAACAAACGUCUGUCAGCGGCAGAACAACACGGGUCGGGUCGGGUCGGGUCGGCGGUUCUUCCUGGUGAACCAGCAGGUUCUGGAUCUGGUUCCUGUUGGGCAGAACCUGAUCCGGUUUGAAGUCAUGUCUCUGAUUUAGAGCCUUUAAUCUGCCUCUCAGAUCCAGCAGGGAUUAUUCCUGGAUUUGUUGCCGCUGCUCUCCAGGACGGGCUCGUGUUGCUGCUCGUGUUGCUGCUCGUGUUGCUGCUCGUGUUGCUGCUCGUGUUGCUGCUCGUGUUGCUGCUCGUGUUGCUGCGUUGCCAUGCGAAGCUCCGCUGGCCUCGUUGACGGUCUGUUGAAGCAACUCCGGGUUUUCGUCUGCUGUCAGACGGAGCAGCUGGAUCAGAGCAGCAGCAGCCAGACGCCUCACAGCCAGCUGCUGUUGCUGCAACAGGGGCAGGCCGGGGGAACGGAGGAAGUGGAUCAACCUCUGAGCUGCAGCUGAUCUGGUUUGUUGAACUGGUUAAUCAGAUCAGCAGCGGUUGUAUUGGGUUCCUGCUGGUUCCCUGCAGGAGGAGAAAGAAGCGCCUGGCGUGACCUGUGACCCAGAGUCACCACCAGGUCAGGGCAACCUGCGGGGAAGCAGAGCAGCUCUGGUUGGUGGUGACCUGAACCCUCUGCUCCCCUUCAGGCUCCUUAAGACGUUAGCGGCGGCUAGCUUUAGCCAAUUUGCAGCAGCAAGUUUCUUCACCUGAAGACCAGCAGCUUCCUGCUUCCUGCUUCCUGUUUCCUGCAGAACAAAUAAUUCAACUGGAUCUCACUUCACCUGACCUGGACUGACCUGAGAACCGUCAGCAGCAGGAAGGACGAGACGAAACGUUUCUGAUGAGACGAAACGACAAGAAGAGAAGAAAAAACCACUGAAAUCAACUUGACAGACAGUUACAGCCAGAACGUAUCCAUGGCAACACAGUUACAGCCGGAACGUAUCCAUGGCAACACAGUUACAGCAACGUGUUGAGUUGCUUCUUUCAGUAGAUCCUUAGAAAACAACCUGGAGGAGCAACAUGACAGACAGGAAUCCAUCCAACAUCCAUCCAUCCAACAUCCAUCCAUCCAACAUCCAUCCAUCCGAUUCCGUUUUUUUCUGGCCUUACAGUCUAACUACAGUGAGUUGUUGAUUUGCCUCUGGAUUUCUGUGGGAGGGGAGAACUGGGAGAACUGGGAGAACUGGGAGCGUCACCUCUGAUUCAGCUCCUUUUUUUCCAGCAUUUAGUGUUUUUCUGGUUCAGAACCAGCAGGUCCAGACCUUCUACAAAAAGUGUCAUGAAGGUUGGUGAUCGUGUGUGCUGGUGCAGGAGAGCGUGACGUGUGUAAAUCUGCUUGUUUGAUGGUCUCCUGGUGUGUGUGUGUGUGUGUGUGUGUGUGUGUGUGUGUGUGUGUGUGUGUGUGUGUGUGUGUGUGUGUGUGUGCACUCCUCCCUGACCUGUCAGGCUGCAUAUGCUCAGCCUUCGCUCCAGUGGAUAAGAGGAUUACAGCUUUCCUCGCUCCCAGCUGCUCCAUCUGAAGGAACCGGCUGCAGCUCAGGUUCUGGUUCAGGUCUGGUGGCUGGGUCUAAUUCCUGGAACCCUCAUAGAUUAGUGAACAUUGAGGUCGGUGACCAGCUGAGUGGAUUACCCUGCAGUGGUAGGAAACAGUAGAAAUGAGCUGAAAAGCAUCUUUGUUGAGCAGUAAUUCCUGAAUGCUCCAGGUUUCUGUAAACUCUUAGAAAACAGGAUUUGUGGAGCAGAUUAAAAGUUUGUUUUGGAAAUAUUUGACGUUCUGAUGUGAACUCUGAACUCCACCCAAACCAACAUGGCGGCAUGAGCAGCUAGCAGCUAGCAUGCAGCGUUUCCAGACAGCAGAGUAAGGUCAGCUGGUUUUUGAAUCAUCUAAUUAUGAAUUCAGAUCUGUGGCCUUUGGUUGAUCAAUGCAGCAAGAACACAAAUUAUUAAUAAAUUCAGAUGCUGAAGCAACGUUUUCAUUAAAUGUAGUUUUUAUUUUUUACUGAUUCUGUGUUUCCAUGUUUGAACAGAAUGAAAACCAGCCGAAUGAAACCCGGUUGUACAGUAACUAUUAUUAUUAGUAUAUUAAUGUAACCAUAACAUUAAACUGUUAGUAUUAAUGUUAAUACUAACAUAUAUAAAUGUUAGUAUUAACAUUAAUAGGAAUAUUUCUGCUGCAGUCGAUCCGUUCUGGUUUUCACGUCUCACACCGACAGACAUUCCUGUGGAAACAUCCAGAAAUAAUCUCUGCUUGUUUGUUUUGCUUGGGGAGCGCUAGCGCCCCCUGUGGGACGUUCAGGCCCGAGGAGGUGAUGUUGAGUUUGAGGCUCAGAGGAAAUCCGGCCGCCGCUCUGAUGUGUCUCUGGAGGAUUUCUUCUUCUGGUCCUUCAGGAUCGUCAGACUUUCCCACAGCCGCCUGGAAGCGUCCUGAGCUCAGUGUGUCUGUUUCAGGUUAACGGACGGACGGACGGACGGACAGCGGCAGGAUGCUGUGGCUGCUGUUCUUUCUGCUUCCUCUCGGGGGCAGCAGCAAUGAGGAAGGCGCUCACAAGACCAAAUUUGACAAAGGAGACUCUGGGGACAUUGGGGCCCCCGCAGCCUCCAGGCCUCAGAUCUACUACUGCCGCUCCCCCAACAUGGAGGUCUUCACCUGCUGGUGGCACCCGGUGGAGCAGCAGGCCGUCUACGUCCUCACCUACUCCAAAGAUACCGGACCCCAACUGGAGUGUCCAGAUUACACAUCCGGCGGUCUCCACAGCUGCUACUUCGACAAGAGCCACACGUCCAUCUGGACGUACUACUGCAUGACGGUGACGGCCAUGACGCCCCACAGGAACUACACGUCCCAGCAGCACUGCCUGGACGUGGUAGAGAUUGUGGAGAUGGAGGCUCCUGCCAACCUGAGCGUCUCCCUGAGGGACGCCGGCGGCGACGAGGUGGGCCACAGCACGCUGCUGUCCUGGACGUACCCGGCUCCUGAGGUCCUGCGCGAAGGCUGGAUCACUCUGGUGUACGAGCUGCAGUACCGACGCGUCGGCGAGGACGACAACUGGAAGGCCAAGCAUCCUCUGCGGGAGCCGCAUGUGGAGCUGUUCGGCCUGCGACCCGGUGACUACGUGGUUCGGGUCCGCUGCCGCUCCCACAACUCCCGGCUGUGGAGCAAAUGGAGUGCCACGCUGCUCGUGAGCGUCCCCAACAGGCUGCCUGCAGGUAAAGUCCUGGUUCUGGUUCUGGUGGUGGGAGUGGGAGCCGUGGCUCUGCUGGUCAUCGCCUUCGGAGUGAUUCCUCAGAGCAGGAGAAUAAAAGACUACUUCCUGCCGCCCAUUCCCAAGCCACGGAUCACAGGCAUUGACCCUCUGCUUCUGAAGAAGGGUAACUUUGAUGAAAUCAACCGUCACUUCAGUAACUUCCAUGGCUACCGGCCUCCCAGUUACUCGGUGGAGUUGUGGGACCAGGUGAGCGCUGAUGGGAUUUACCUGAGCACGCCGCGAGACUGUGGCAUCCUGGACAGAGACAGGGGAACGUCGGUCGCCAUCCAGAACCUGUUUCCUGUCCAGAACUCGUCGCCGUACGUCUGUGGCACGCCGCCGUACUGUGCCGUGCCGCCAGAGGCCUUCGCUGCACUGCAGGACGCCCCGUCUCCGUGGCAACAACCUGAGACGGCUUUCAUUUCCGGGUCAGACUACAGCACGAUGGUGCGCCUCGGCGUUCCUGACGCCUCCGUCUCCGCUCCAGAUCCGGGCCGCGCUCCGGUCCAGGACUUCUACACCUGCGUUCAGUUGAUGAGGGACAGCGGCGAGGUCCACUUGGUGCCGUGUCUACCGGCGCCGUACUGCCACGACUUCUUGCUGCCACCGGUUCCGGACGCCGCCAAGCGAGAGGAGGAGGAGAAGAAGAGCAAGAGGCUGGCCGAGUACCAGGCCCGGAAAAACGCAGCGAAGGACGACGACGAUGACGACAGGAGCAACGCCGCCGACCCACUGCUGCCUGUCAGCCCAGACGACACCAGAGGAUCGGAGGGCCGGUUCUGAUCCGAUGUUCUGCCCCGCUCUGUUUUUGCUAACCCUGUUAGCCAAAGCUCAGACUGCGUUGGAAACUGUCGGCAGCCAUGUUUACUGUGGGUGUGAAAAACCCAAUUAUUGAUGCAUUCAUGUUUCAUCCAACUAGACGUUUAUAACAAGACAUUGAACUGGUUCUGGUUCUGGUUCUGGUCACGUCCACCAGUCACUCCACCCAGGAGGAGCUGGACUUCCUGAACUCUUCUUCUUUGUUUUAAUGCCAUACUAUAGGAAGUAUUAACGCCACCUACUGGUCAGGAGUCUGGACUACAUCGCUGUGCAUUCUGGGUACUGUAGUCCAUUUGAAAUGGGCCAGGAUAUUUCAGGGUUUCAGGCUUCGUCUUUCUCAGGAAACAGGAAGUGGUGGUGCUGGUCGGAGAGGGUUCUGGUUCUCUACGUCCAGAACCUCCUGGGUUUUUUCCCGUUGUUUUGCCCACACUUCACUCUGAUAAAACCUCAUUUUAUUCCCACUUCACUCUUCAGAAGCACUCUCCUUAAUGAUCCAUGUGCAGGGAUGUGAAUCGGUGAUUACCCAGAACAUGAGAGGAAUCUAAGUGGGUUUUUAAGGUCCAGUUGUGUCAUUAUCAUUUUUAAUACCAGCAGAUUCCAUAAAACCGCUAAAAUUCAGCACAUGAUGUCCAGUUUUCCCAGAAUGAUGAUUGAACUGAAUUAUUAGUAGUUGUAGUCAAACCUGUGUGUCUUUAUGAUCCAAAGCAGUGUAUAGCUAGCUGUCUCUUUAAACACAGCACACGUCUAUUUUUCUAAGAAACCACUGCAGCUCUGUGUGACUCUGUUAGCAUAGCAUGUUUAGCGCUCCGUGACCGAUCUCAGGUAGACUCCAUUCACCCUCAGACAGCGAAGAGACACAGAAACAAGGUCUGGCAGGAAAUAGGAGGAACAUGGGGGCGGGGCUUCAUCUGUUUUACUUCCUGGUUUGCUCUGCUGCCAGGUUCCUGCAGUCUGGAAAGUCUGGAACUGGAUUUUAGUGUUUCCAGGUCUGGAUUUGUGUGGGAAAAGAAAGAAUAAUUAUUGAAAAUGUUUCCAUUUUCAGUGUUAAUUUGCUAUUUUGUCCCUUAUGUCCUUCCGUAUUUUCUUCGUUUUUUGUUACUGAAGCUAGCCUCCUCAGAUGUUGAUGUUAGCUCCACCCACUGCAGACCUGUUCAAGGCCACCUGGCUGCAGCAAGCAGGAAGGGCGGGACGGACUGCUGUCAGUCUCAGACCUUGAUUGGAAAUGGGACCAUUGCACUCCAGAAGUGAAGGAGGGGUUAUUUCCUAUAUUGUCCGUGGCAUGCCGUUUUUAUUUUUUUAAAUCUUUGAUUUAUUGUUACCUGUUGGAAGGAUUUUCACUCUCAGCAUGUAUUUGAACUUCUCUCUUUUAUUUACUUCAGCUUAGUUUUUAACAAACUCUGUAGCUUUCUGUGAACUUCUAAAUCUGCUCUUUAGUUGCACCUUUUCGGGUCUGAUACUGCCUCUAGUGGUGUGGGGAUGGUAACACAACUAAUAUAAUUACAUUAAUAAAUCAGAAUCCCACAGAGUCUUUAUUAUUUACUAUUAAUUUCAGAAUUUCUGGAACUGUAAAAGAUAAAUUAUCUUCUAAAACACCAUAUUUUUCCAUUUUCUUCAGGAUGUAGAGCUGAUAGGCUCUACAUCAGCUGGUUGACGUCUUUUCUGUUUCUGCAGUAUUUUUAGCGUUUGCUCCCAGUAUUUUUAGAAAAUUGUGCCAAAUGUUCCUUCAUGCACAAAAGCAGAGCCACUAACAUUCCUUCAGUUGGUUAAAAACUGUAAGCACAACCUCGUAGAUAACCUCGUGACCUUUUGGUGUUUGAUGUGAGCCCAGUGAAUGACCAGGGACCAGAGACCUUAGGACUCUGUCGUGUUGUUUUGUCUCUGUGGUCGUUUCUCGUUGUGCCUUUUGUCUCUCAGUGGUAUUUUAUACCACUUCGUCUCCUCUGGUAGCUUCUGAUGGGCGAACGCCUGCAGGUUGUUACAGGAAGCUGGUCGUUACAGGAUGUUGCUUUGUGGCGGGAAAAAUAUCUCAUUGUUUGUCAAUGAAACAUCUUUGGAUGUGAGGCAAUAAAAACUCUUGGAUUUGUUUUUGAUUUUCUUGAAUUGUUGAAAUGUAUUGAUUGUAAGUUGAAUGGUGACUUUUGGUGCCAAUGCAAUAGUAGUGAUCAAUGAGUAACAAUGUUCAGACGAUAAUCUGGACCUGGAUCAAAUGAACUGAAAGUUUCUAAAUGAACUGUACCUGAGUCUGAUCCUGGAGAAAAAGACUUUUAUUUCUUGUGAUAAUGUUGUAUCAUUGAUUUGUGGACCUGGAAGCGUUUUUCUGUCUGUUUUCAGGGUUCAUGUUGACCUUUCACCUCCUCUGUAGCGCCGUGUUGUUACAGAUUUGUCGUUGGCUUAAAGUGCUUUUCCAUCAGAGUAAAUAAAGUUGCUCAUUCUCAC